GACGUAGUCGUCUCAGCCACGCUGCUUGGUUGGUAGGUGUGACGAAGAUCGAGAACAUAAGAGACGUCUUCAGGAAGUGUGCUGGGUAGGGAGGUCAGGUAGCUAUGCAUGUGAAAAUGUAGGGCUACUGUACAGUAAUUGUGGUGGAAAGCGCCACAUUGACGACCCCAAAACGAGUGGCUUGUUCCGUGCGCGACUCCGCAAAUAGCAUGUAUAAAACAGCAUGCCGUGCCUUGGGCACUUGGUAGGUAGUACUGGUCCGAUGAAGUUUUACAUUCUCAAGCAGAUCAAUUAUCUCAGACCACAUGGACCGCGACGAGCAUCUUGAAGAGGUUCAAAGGAUCCUCAAUUAUCGAUUCCGGGAUAUCACACUCCUAUCGGACGCACUCACAGCAGCCGGUGCAGACUUGGAUAAUUAUGAGGGAAAUAGAAGACUAGCACCAAUUGGCGUGGACGUAAUCGGUCUUUGUUUGGAUUUUGACGCACAUCAGAAAAAGGGCAAACCAAGGGAAACUGCCGUCCUAAAACAACAACUUUGUUGUUACAACCAUCUAGCAUUCGUUGCUCAACGCACAUCAAUCGAUAAGUACAUUAGAUUUAAUCCUAGGUCUGGAAAAGGAAGUACAACUGUUGUCGGAAAAUCCCUUGCAGCAAUUAUAGCAGCGGCAUACUUGGACUCUGGGAAUCAUUCUGAUACCUGGGGCGUUAUGCAUUAUAUAGGCUUUUUCAUCCAAAACCAAGACGGCAUAAACCCUGCAAUGUUGGAAUCAAACGCGAAUUGUGAAGCACAGUUUCCUAUUAUGGAUCCACUUGCAGCCCCAUGCAAUAUUUUAUCGAAUGUGCAUACGAGCCAAGUGAGCGUGGUGUCACUGCAGGAAAUCGAAGCUGGAGUUGACUUCAUGGCGGUGCCCAGGAGAAGACCCGCUGAAAGCGCUCCAUGUGAGACCCAGGGCAGCAAAGCGAAGGUUAGGCGGUCUCAGCGCUUCACCAACGAUCGGCUCGAACCCUUCCUUACUCGUGAGUCCGAAAAAUGCAGAGCCUUGAGAAUCGCCGGCCCAGAAGAAUCAUACUAUGCCCCUGACAUCCACAUGGAAAUUGCGAAAUUGGUAAAAGAUACUUCAACAGAGCUGCCCAAAAAAUUGUUACUGUGUGUUGCUACCUCACAAUCAGUGGUAAGCCUGAAGAAGGCCAUUCUAGGGUGGCGAACUCAGACGGGUAUUGCCCCCUGGCAGCUAUCCAAAUCAGCAUCCAAAGCAGAAGCGUUUCAUAUAAUCGAGAAUAUGAAUCAAGAUAUGAUGUGCUUGUCCCUUCUCCGACGGUAUUACAUCCUCCGUCUGUUUGAGGAUUGCAGAGGGUGUGAUACGCCAUCAUUCGCAGGAUUUGUCUCAGUCCAGGGAAACGGUGUCCUUUCUCGUAAAAGGGGAAACCCCCUGAACAAUGCGGAGAAUGACCUGACGACAGCAAUGAUGAAGGAGAUAUUCCCUGCUCUACUGCCUGGAACACAAGAAUACGACGACAAGCGUGGUGCUGUAAAUUUCUAUCGAAAGCUUGGCCGGAAGUUUCAUAUGUUAACAUCAAGUUUCGGCAAAGGCAUACUUGCACUGAUGCCGCAUUAUGACCUACCUGGAGGACCAGACAUCAGCAUUUCAGACAAUCAGCUUCAUUCUCUGCGCGAGCCAACAUUUGCGCAAGUCAUUUCCAUUCUAGCACGCACCCAAGGUGAGGCUUUGCGUCAGUUCAACGCAGCUGCCGAGAGAAUCGUGGAUGCCUUGAUGGAAUUUCCGGUAGAGCGUUGCCCGGUAUUUGAACUUGAGGAAAUUGCGGAUAGCCAAAUACUGGAGUACCCGAAGAACUCAUCGGGCCUACUUUCCCUUCUCGGGUUGAGAAGGCAUGCUCAGAUUAUGACAGGUCCAUAUCCGCCCGCAGACGAAUCAACUUAGCUAGGCGAAAUUGGAGGUAGUCGAUAUAUAAAACGAAGAAUAGCAACAUUUGCGUCUCC